UGUAAAGUUUGUUGUGGCGGGUUAUAUUUUUAAUCGGCGUAAUAUUUAUCGUUUUAAAGUUUAUUAGGUACAUACUAUCCCGUAAACAUGGAUAAAAAUAAAGAAAAAGAGGAACAGAGUAUCAUGGAUAAAUCCAUGAGAUCUGUCUUUGUGGGUAAUAUUCCUUACGAAGCUACGGAGGAAAAGCUUAAAGAUAUAUUCAGCGAAGUGGGGCCGGUAUUGUCUUUUAAACUAGUGUUUGAUAGAGAGACUGGAAAACCUAAAGGUUAUGGCUUUUGCGAAUAUAAGGAUCAGGAAACAGCGCUUAGUGCUAUGAGAAACUUAAAUGGUUAUGAAAUCGGUGGUAGAUCACUCAGAGUUGAUAAUGCUUGUACGGAAAAGUCAAGAAUGGAAAUGCAAGCCUUGAUGCAGGGUCCACAGGUAGAAAAUCCAUAUGGAGAUGCAAUUGAACCGGAAAAAGCUCCAGAAGCUAUCAGCAAAGCAGUAGCUACACUACCUCCGGAGCAAAUGUUUGAACUUAUGAAACAAAUGAAGCUUUGUGUUCAAAACAAUCCGGCCGAAGCUAGAAACAUGUUGCUUCAAAAUCCUCAGCUAGCAUAUGCUCUACUCCAGGCACAAGUCAUAAUGAGAAUUGUUGAUCCAGUUACUGCUGUUAGUAUGCUUCAUCCCAGUAAUCCUGUGCCUCCAGUGUUACAGCCUGACAAGCCUCCGAUGCCUAACAACUACAUACCUUCAAAUCAGCAACAAGUGCCACCGCAAAUGAUGAAUAAUCCUGUCCCUGCUCCUAAUCAAUACAAUCCCCGCAGCAUGUCUAACAUGGGUAUGGACGUGGACCUGCGCGCGCACCCGCCGCACCCGCCGCACCCCGUGCCCCCGCCCAUCAACCAAGACAAUAUGUUCCCGCGCGACCCGCGCCUCGCCAACGCACAGGGAUUCAAUGCGGACCCCCGCGUGCGACCCAACGAUCCUCGCACACAAAAAAUGCCACAACAACUUCCCCCCGGCAUGCCGAGUGUAGCUCAGGCCAGGACAAUACAGGGAAUACCUUCCGGUGCUUCGGAUCAAGAAAAGGCGGCGUUAAUAAUGCAAGUCCUUCAGCUAUCGGACGAACAGAUCGCGCUCCUGCCGCCCGAGCAGCGCGCCAGCAUACUCAUGCUCAAGGAACAGAUAGCCAAGAGCACACAGCAACGAUAAUAUACCUUUUACAUAAAUAUAUUAUCAUAUUUUCUCAAUAAAUACUAUUGAAUAAACAAAA